CCUCCAUUUUGCCAAGUCCCAUUCAUAUCCCCCGCGCCUCCCUCUCCUUCUCUGCGAUUCUGAGGCCGCAAACAUGCAGAUCUUCGUGAAAACCCUAACGGGUAAGACCAUUACCCUAGAGGUCGAGUCCUCUGAUACCAUCGACAAUGUGAAGGCCAAGAUCCAAGACAAGGAGGGCAUUCCCCCAGACCAGCAGCGCCUCAUCUUCGCCGGCAAGCAGCUCGAGGACGGCCGAACCCUAGCCGAUUACAACAUCCAGAAGGAAUCGACCCUCCACCUUGUGCUUCGCCUCCGUGGUGGCGCCAAGAAGCGUAAGAAGAAGACCUACACCAAGCCAAAGAAGAUCAAGCACAAGAAGAAGAAGGUCAAGCUCGCGGUGCUUCAGUUCUACAAGGUUGAUGAUUCUGGGAAGGUCCAGAGGCUGAGGAAAGAGUGCCCUAAUGCUGAGUGCGGAGCCGGGACUUUCAUGGCGAACCACUUCGACAGGCACUACUGCGGCAAGUGUGGGUUGACCUAUGUUUACCAGAAGGCUGGCGGUGAUUAGAGAUUUAGAACUUUAAAUUUCAAAUAUAUCAUUUUGGAUUUAAAUUUUGCUGCUUUUUUUUUAAUGAUGGUAUUUUCGGUUUCAAUUUCAUGCUUGAAAAACCUCUGAAAUUUUAGGUAUUGUCGUUGUUUCAAUUGCAUAUGCCAGAUGGAAUGAUUAUCCUAAUUUUGUUAUGAUUCGUGUUCUGCUGUUCAUUGGCUGUUUGAUAAUUGUGAAAUGAUGCUGGGUUUUGUUUUGAGAAA